CUUAUAUGGUUCGACUGCUUUGAUAUGUUCAGAUAAAGAUGUGGAAGGGUAAAUAGCUCCAAUUGCUGACUAAAAUUUAAACCUACAUUUUGCAGUAAUUUAAAUCAAAGUAGUCGUAGGACGAAAAAAACUACCCGGACUUCAAUUUCACGUGGUCAACAUUUUUCUUGUUAUUAUACGGCUCUGUACUUAUCAAGAGAGCCUCCUAUUUAUUCGGACAUAAUUCUCUAUUUUGGCUAUAGAAUUAAAAAUGGAUGGAGCCGAUGAAACUACUAAUAAAGCUGCUGGAGAUUCUUGUCCGACUGAAGCUGCAAGUCCAGCACACGUCGCUCCUGUCGCUGCACCGACAUCCGAAGCAGAAUCUGUAAUAUUGAUAAAAAAAGUUACAGACGUUAAAGAACCCACAGAAGAUGCGAAUUCCAAUGAAAAUUCUACGGAAUCAAGUAAUAACAACCAAACCGAAAUAUCUAAAUUGGAACAAGAAAUUCAGAAAAGAACUUAUGAGAGGGAUAAUUAUCAACAAAAAUUGAUGGACACCGAAAAGAAGUUGGAUGCCUUACAAGCGUCGUAUAAUGCCGUGGCCAAUGGCGAAGGCGACGAAAUUAAAUUGCGUCGCGAAAAGGAGGAUCUAAAAAAUAUGCUUACUCAGACGCAGCUGAAAUUAGAAGAACGCAAUCGUAUGGUUGCCAAUCAGGAAAAUCAAAUAAAUGCUCUUACUAAGCAGACAUCGUCCCUGAAGGAAGUUGUAGCGAUCACAAAGCAGCUGUUAAACAUCCGUAACAUGGAAGUUAAACAUUUGCAGAAUGACGUGGACACUAUGGAAGCUAAAAUCACAGCUGAACGUGAUCGACAUAAUGAUAUGAUUAAUAAAAUGGAUGCUGCAGUACGACUUAAUGCUGACUUGAAAAAGGAGUAUGAGACGCAAUUACGACUUUUCCAAGAUCUUCGUGGGAAGUACGAAGAAAAGGUGACAUUGCUCACGGAAGAAAAUCGGGCACUAGAGAAUGCAAAACAACCAAUGGCAUAAUAUGGCAUUUAUUUUAAGAACUGAUACGUAAUGACUGCUUUUAUAAUGAUAUUUUGUGGUGCUACUGUGUUAUAAUAAUAAAAGCAAAAUUUGGCUACUGAAGCGAAA